AUGUCUUCUGUCAUUGCAUCCAAUAUACCUUCAACAGUAUCACCUAGUAAGAUUCGUGAAUUCUUUUCAUUUUGUGGUAAAAUUCAAGAUAUAAUCCCAAUUGAAGAUACAGGUAAUUUUAAAAAAUAUAGAGUUGUAUUUACAAAUGAAAAAGCAGUAUCAACUGCUCUCUUAUUAAAUGAUGCAGAAUUAGAUAAUACAUAUAUUCGUGUUGAUGAAGAUGAUAGUGGUGAGGAAGUGAUUCCUGAAUCAGGAAUUGCAACUACAGAAAAAGUUGGUUCGGGAUCCGAUGCUAUUAUUUCUGGUGAUAAAUCAUAUGAUGAUGUUGCACAAGAAGAGAAACCUAAAUAUGCAAUUUUUGCUCAAUUAUUAGCUGAUGGUUAUGUAAUUAGUGAUCCAAUAAUUGAAAAAGGAAUUGAAUUUGAUAAAAAAAAUGGAAUUUCUCAACAAUUUCAAAGUUUCAUUAAUGGAUUAGAUAAGAAAUAUAUUCAUUCACAAGAUCCAGAAUCAAAAGUUAAUCAACAAUUGAAAAGUCUUGAAAAUUCUUAUUAUAAAAGUUCAUUAUCUAAAUAUUUUGAUGCUGCAGCUAAAUCAACAAUUGGUUUAAAAAUUAAUGAAUAUUAUCAAAAAUUUUCAAAUGAUGUUAAAGAUGUUCAUGAAGAAGCUAAAAGAUUAGCAAGUAUUAAAAUAGAAGAAAAGGAAAAGGAAGAAGCAAAGAAAAAUGAGUCUACUACUAGUACUGGUACUACUAAUGCUGCUACCAAUGCUGCUACUAAUGCUGCUACUAAUGCUACUAGUACCUAA